AUGAUCUACUCAGAGUCAGGAUCGCUCAGUAUGCUAACGUUUCUGAUAUACUCAGUCAUUUGUGGAUUCAAUCUGUUCCACAUCGCUAAGCGAUGGUACUACAACAUCGAUGGUCGUUAUGAUUUGAAGCAGUUUGUGCGUGAACGUGAGCCGACAGUACGUUUGCAGUAUGGCAUGGCGAUAUUCACUCCACUACUGAUGGGUUUCCUGACAUACACAAUGGUUACACUUGAAAACGGAUUCGUUCGUUUAGUAUUGAAAACGUCGAAUUUCGUACAACUACUGCUGGCAACCAGUCAACUAAUACUCGAAUUUUAUGAGGUUUAUACUAAAUAG